CACACCCCCAAAACAAGCCAACAAACAUGAGGAGCUUGGUUAGCUAUGCAGAAGCAAUGGAGGUCCACAAGCCAUACAUUGCUAUGCUGUUCGUUCAGUGUGUGUACUCAGGAAUGGCUUUGUUCUCAAAGGCAGCCAUUUCUCAAGGCAUGAACCCACCCAUCUUCGUCUUCUACCGCCAAGCGUUCGCUACCAUCGCCAUGGCUCCGUUCGCCUUCUUCCUCGAAAGAAAGAAGGCAGUUCCUUUAUCCUUCAAGUUUCUCUUCAAAGUGUUCUUGAUUUCUCUAAGUGGAAUCACCUUGAGUUUAAACCUUUAUUACAUAGCUAUCAACCACAUAUCAGCAACAUUUGCAGCCGCUACAACCAACACGAUCCCCGCUAUUACACUCCUCUUCGCUCUCCUCUUCAGAUAUGAAGUGAUUUCGGUGAGAAAGAUGGAAGGGAUAGCGAAAUUGGUUGGGGGUGUGAUAGGUUUUUCUGGGGCUUUGGUGUAUGCUUUUGUGAAGGGUCCAGUGAUGAAGUUCAUGAAUUGGUACCCACAAAACGCUCGUAAUUCGUUCGAAGGGUACUCGGGUUCGGAAUGGAUUAAGGGUUCAUUUGUUAUGCUUUCAGCCAAUAUUGCUUGGUCUUUGUGGCUUGUUUUGCAGGCCUCAAUUGUGAAGGAAUAUCCAGCGAAGUUGAGGAUUACAAGCUUGCAGUGCUUCUUCAGCUUGAUACAAUCAGGUUUGUGGGCUGUGGUGAUGGAGAGAAAGGCUGAUGCUUGGAAGCUUGGAUGGAAUCUUCAACUCUUCUCGGUUGCCUAUUGCGGUGUGAUCGUGACGGGAAUGACGUAUUGGCUACAAAUAUGGACAGUAGAGAAGAAAGGACCAGUUUUCACAGCCAUGUUUACACCAUUAGCACUAAUCAUAACAGCAAUCUUCUCAGCAUUAGUAUGGAAGGAAGCCCUUCAUUGGGGAAGUGUUGGUGGGGCUAUAUUGCUGGUGGUGGGGCUUUAUUGUGUUCUAUGGGGGAAGAACAAAGAAGAAGAUAUCAAAACUGAAGCAAUUGAACAAAGAGUUGAUAUCAAAGAGGAAACCAAUUCAGCCUCCAUUUGCUAAUUCAUCCUAUCAUCAUCACCAUAUUAAUAUCUAAUAGAUUAUUCCAUAUGUCACUGUCAUUAACCUAUAGCCCUUGCUGUUUAGCUCUCUUAUGAUCUUAAUGGAUGACUUGGUCAUCCACUGGAUGACUUGGGUCUAUGUCAAUUGUAAAGAACAGACAAAGUAAUUUAAUAUUCGGGGGUCGGGUUUCUAUAUGUGAAACGAUCCCACUUAGUGAA